AAAAGAACAGAAGGCCAGGGUGUGCAUUAUGCUUUCACCCCCAGAGAUCAGUAACGUCGGUGGCGUUCUCAUCUGCCUGCCCCUCUUCAACCACACGGUAGCAUGCGAGGUGGAGAAACGCCUGGGCGUCCACUUUGUUGCGUUAAUGCUCUCCUUGGCAUGUGGUGGCACGCUGCGUCAGUCCGGGCUUACGGUGAAUGCGACAUACAAACGUCUGAUGAGCAACCGUGUCAGCUACCCUAUCUGGCUAACACGGGGAGCAUCAGAGCUCACCCGCUGCUCAGCGCAUAGCCACGACAGGAGGAAUGCCAAACGACGAAUGUGCGCCGAGGCAAUCGAGCUUCAACAGCUAUUGCAGUAGAAGACGGGUAGAACGCGCUAGUCUGCACACUAUGGCCGUCAGGUAAACGAAUCGUUGCUGGGUGCGAGUGGAGUGCAUGCGGAGUUGUCUAUUGUCUACGAGCCAUCAAUCAGCCCACCCAGGGAAAUCCUGCCUAACUGACCGGUAGGUACCUGCUGUGUCAACCUGUAACACCAAAGACGGUUGUACUUUGACCGGUCUAUAAUUCGUCAGCGACGAUCGAUGUCGA